AUGGAUGUUCCAAUGAUUCCACAUCUCCAAUUAUCAAAGACUGAUGGUGCAAUUCUUCCUGAUAAAGCGAUGUAUCGGAGUCUUGUUGGCAGGUUGAUGUAUUUGACCAUCACUCGUCCGGAUAUAACUUUUGCAGUGAAUAAGUUGUGCCAGUUUUCUUCUGCUCCUCGCACAUCUCAUCUCACGGCUGUGUAUCAGGUUUUACAAUACAUCAAAAGCACCAUUGGCCAGGGUGUCUUUUAUUCUGCGGACCCAGAUCUCCAACUUAAAGCUUUUGCUGAUUCUGAUUACGCAGGUUGUAGAGACAGUCGACGUUCUACUACUGGUUUUACAAUGUUCUUGGGGUCAUCUCUCAUAUCUUGGCGCUCCAAGAAGCAACAAACGAUUUCCCGCUCUUCUGCUGAAGCAGAGUAUCGUGCUUUGGCUCUUGCUUCGUGUGAGAUGAUGUGGAUUACUACCUUGCUUUCUGAUUUGAGGAUCAAGUCACCAUCUGUUCCAAUUCUCUUCUCAGACAGUACAGCAGCAAUCUAUAUCGUUACCAACCCUGUUUUUCACGAACGCACGAAACACAUAGAGGUGGAUUGCCACACUGUUCGUGAAAAACUAGACAAGGGUCUUAUCAAGCUUCUACAUGUACAUACUGAAGAUCAGGUUGCUGACAUCCUCACCAAACCUUUGCUUCCUCAUCAGCAUGAUCAUCUCAAAUCCAAGAUGAGUCUUCAUAACAUAUACGUCUCAUCUUGA